AUGGCUGAAAUCGAUUCCUCAGAGAUUGAGGAGUGCUUUCGUAUAUUUGCUGGCCCUUCCAAUGAACAGCUACCGACCAACAAUAUCGGUCCAGCACUGCGUAGCCUCGGAAUACAUAUUUCCGAAGAGGCUCUAGCCGACUUAACGGUCGAGAUUGGUAUUGAGCACGGUCUCGAUCUCCAUGAAUUCACAAGACUGUAUGAAAGACUGAAGGAUGCCGACGGACCAGGCGACGAAAAGAGUCUCAGAGAGGCUUUCCGAGUCCUUGACGUGACAGGAUCGGGCAAGGUCUCUGUUAAAGACAUCCGACACAUCGUUACUACUCUCGGGGAGAAGCUAUCUGAUGCCGAUAUGGACACGUUCUUGGAGAGUGCUGGGAUUCCGGUCGAUAUAGACACUAGUCUCGACUACGAGCAGUUCCAUCGCAUGUUCGAGUGUCUGCUGCUCACUGUGCCCUCCACAUGA